AUGUCUAUUCUGUGUUGCGUUGCAGACGAAGUUGAGAGCCUAGCUGCGGCACGUCAGGCUGCUCUAAAUGGCUCAGAUCCUUCGGAUGCUAUAAGGGUCGUGAAUGCAUUGUUGACUCAGCUUGAUAAACUGAAGCAGCAUCCCAACGUCAUGGUUCUAACGACUUCGAAUUUGACACAUGCCAUUGAUCUGGCGUUCAUUGACCGAGCUGACAUCAAAGCCUUUAUUGGACCACCGUCACUGCAAGGGCGUUAUAAUAUGCUGCAUUCGAGCUUCUGCGAGCUUCAACGAGUUGGGAUUGUUGAAGAGGUGGAGGGCAACACUGUCUAUCCGUCCACUUACAACGAAUUGAUGCUGAGCGAUUGUGAAGACAUGGGGAGUAGUAAGGGUGUCCACUUAGGGAAGAAGCUUCUCGAGGUCGCCAAGGCGUGUGAGCUCAUCAUCCCAUCCCACCAUCUCUGCCGCUCAUUCUAUCCCUCCAUUUUUGGUCCUCAUCCCAUCCCACCAUCUCUGCUGCUCAUCCCAUCCCAUCAUCUGCUCCUCAUCCCAUCAAACCAUCUCUGCCCCUCAUCCCAUCACACCGUCUCUUCUCAUCCCAUUUUCACCAUCUUUUCUCCUCAUCCAUCACACCGUCUCUUCUCAUCCCAUUUUCACCAUCUUUUCUCCUCAUCCCAUCCCACCGUCUCCGCUCCUCAUCUCAUCCCACCAUUCUCAUCCCAUUUUCUCCGCCUUUUCUCCUCAUCCCAUCCCGCUUUUCCGCCUUCUCAUCCCAUCCCACCAUCUCUGCUCCGCAUCCCAUCACACCGUCUCUUCUCAGCCCAUUUUCGCCAUCUUUUCUCCUCAUCCCAUACCACUAUGUCGCCUCUUCAUCCCAUCCCACCAUCCCUGCUCAUUAUCCCAUUCGACUAUUCCGCCUCCUCAUCCCAUCCCACCAUCUCUGCCUCUCAUCCCAUCCCACCAUCUCUCAAAACAUCCCAUCCCACCAUCUCUCAAAACAUCCCAUCCCACAACCUCAGCUCCUCAUCCCAUCCCAUUUCACCUUCUCUUUUCAUUAUCCCAGCCCACUAUCUCUCCUGCUCAUCUUAUCCCAUCAUAUCUGCUCCUCAUCCCAUCACACCAUCGCUUCUCAUCCCAUUUCCACUGUCCUUUCUCCUCAUCCCAUCCCAUCUGACCAUCUCUGCUCCUCAUCCCAUCCCACCUUCUCUGUUCAUCCCUUGCCACCAAUUCUCCUCGUCCCAUGCACACGUGCUACCGACGGCCAUCAACAGCCCACAGGGUCCGGGCUCAUGUAGGUUGGUGGGAGAAGGGACAGCAGCAUCACUCUGUGCAUCAGGUGCAUAG